AUGACCGUUCAUAAGUAUGUUUUGGCCGCGGACGAACUCAUUCGAAUUUUCCCGCCGUUUUUGCAAACGCGUCGUGUAAAAGCGUGAAUCUUUUUUUGAGAGUUCAAUGGUUUCCUCAACUCGAAGGAGAGAAUUAAAGAAAGAAAUGGUCAACGUCCCAGUUGAUGAUUAUUUCCUAGAAAAAUUCUCCGGCGAGUUAUCAGCCAAAGAACCCAUUGCACUGAAAGUUUCUGCUCAAAAAAGAUUCCCGCUUCUAUUGGACUUCUUCAAGUAAUCUUCAGAUAACCAUGAAAUAAGAUAACCAUGAGACCUUCAUUUUAGCCAAGAAUCGAUGUGUACAUUUCUUAGGCAAUUGUGAACAGAAGUCUAACACUUUCAGAAAAACGGCAAAGAAAGAAAAAGGCACAAAAGUGGAGAAGGUGAAGCCAAAAAAGGCGAAAUCCAAAGAUCACAAAAAGGAUAGAAAGGUUCGUGUUUAAAAUUUUAAAAUUAUUCGAAACAUUAGUUUUCCAGCACAAAACUCAAGACGGAAAAGUGAAAAGGGACAAGGAGAAAAAGCCGCGAAUCCAGGAGAGAGAGGCGAAGAAACGGGAGAAAAAGGAGAAAAAAGAGGAGAAAUUGGGAGCGGAGAAGAAGAAAAUUCGGGAACAAAAGGUACACAUAAACUUUCUUACCUACUUCAGUUUUUUCUGUUUUAGCGUCCGUCAAGCGCGAAUCCGGACAUUGCGCCCACCGUUUUCAUCGCGAAAAAAGCGGAAAAAGACGAGAAAAUCGAGAAAAAAUGGACGCCGCCGGAGCCGGAAAUGAAAACGGCCGAAAGUGCGUUGGUGACGGAAAUUCCGUCGGAAAAUUCGAUAAAAAAGCAGAAAUCGGGCAGUUUGAAAGUGGAAAAAACACAAAAGAGCGAGGAGGAGAAGGCGGCCGGCGGCGGCCGGCAGCCCAAUAUUGAGCCGUGGGUUUUUUUGCAAUUUUUUUCGGUUUCUGAAAAACUAUAUUAGUUUUCAGUAAUUCAGCAAUUCUAGUUCUUAUUCUAAUUCAGUCUAAAAAUCCAAAGCAAACUAAUCUAAAAUCAGUAAUAAAAAAAAUCUAAUUAAUAAAAAAUUACAGACAAAAAAAUCAGAGAUCUCCAAAUUCAGUAAUUAAAAAACAUCAGUAACAAAUUCAAUAAUUCAGUAAUUCAAAAAAAGAAAUUCAAAAAUUCAGAAAAAUCAGUUUUAAAAAAUUCAAAUUCAAAUUCAGUAAUUCAAUAUUUCAGUUAAAAAAACAGUAACAGAAAAAAAAUAAUAAUAAAAAAAGGAUUGUCAAAAAAGGAAAUUCUUCCAGGCAACCGCCUGGCGCCAAACAAAAUCCGACGUCGACGACGCCGAAUGACCGAGUCAAGAAUUUGUAUAAAAUACUCGAAGAAGUUUCAAAUGUAUGUUUACUUUUUUUUUUUGCUUGCUAAUGGAUACCGCCUUGAAAACAGUCCAUAACUUGAAAACCAAAGAUUUUGAAAGAUAGCACUCAACUGCAAAGUUGGUCGCAAUGAAAUUUGCAACAACUUUUCAGUUGACCAUUUCUGAGCAAUAGCGAUGGUUCUUGAGAUACAAGCCACAGAAUUUGAGUCAUCUUCUGUAGCAUGUAUAUAAAUAACUAACCAGUAUUUCAACAAAUGAUCAACUGAACACUUGUUGCAAAUCGUCUUGCAACCAUCUUUGUAGUUGAUCGCUAUUUUUCAAAGUUGUCCGUUUUCAAGUUAAGAUCAAAAAACAACGCGCUGUUCGCAAUCUGGCCGAAUUUCUAGGCCGCGAAGUAAUUUUCCACUGAAAACGUGGCCUAACUUUUCAAACUCGGCCACGAGGUCGCUAAAUUUGCACUGCAAAAAGAGUUUCUCAACAGAGCGCCAUUUCUGUGCGGUGCCCCUAUAAUAUCCAAGCCUUUGAGGUUGUUCACAUCGAAAAAAAAACGCAAAAAAUGUUCCAGACACACAGUACUCCGCCAAAAGAGGAUUCUCCGCCAAAAGAGGCUGCUCCGUCGACGCCGGAAGCGAAAACGCCCGAAACUGUGGGACCGCCAAUGUGGGUGAAAAGUCCGGAACUGGAAAAGACACAGUCUUCUGAUAGGCAAGAGGUUCGUUCGGUUUGUGGCAAACAAAUUCUAUUAUUUUUCUAAUUUUUUGAAAAAAUGUAUAAAAUUCCAGGUAACCGCCGCUCCGCCGGAUCCACUCCAAAAAGCCGUCGCCCAGCCCGAUGCGAAGAAAAAAUCGAUAGAAAUGAUGGAGAAGAAGAAGAAGAAGAUGAAGAAGAAGGACGACUCGGUGGACACGGUUGAAGCCGCCAAAAUUCCGACCGCCGAAUCGCCGACAAAAUCUGCCAAAUGUGAGGAAACGUUUUCUGCUUGGCUUGCGGCUCUCAGUGUCGAUUUACGCGCUGAAUUUAGCAUUAGCCAUUGGGGGGAGACGGUUGAUUUUGUAAAAAAAAAAUAGAAUUUUCUUGCAGCCAAACCGACAAGAACUGCGCUGCCGCUCCAUUCGAAUCCAAUUGUUCCGAUUUUCGCUCAAGAGGAGCACCAUUUCGCCCUUCAAAAAGUGGAUUUCGAUAUGAUCGCACGGACGGGAAUGUAUCUGGAACGGUUCGGAAUGAGCGAACAGAAAAAGGUGAGCGGCGAAACUUGAAGACAACUUGGAGAGAAGCGUCAGACCUGGGAAAAAGGCCUGGACUUUUGGACCACUUGCAAUGAUCCGACCGGGACCAAACUUUGCAGACUUCUUGGCCUUGAAUUGAUGUAUAUUGGGUCCAAGUUUCAGAACGAUCGGAUCUUUUGGUCCCGAGAUGCUCGGGCUACAAUUUUGCAAAACACGUCGGGACCAGAUGAUCCAAUCGUUCUGAAACUUGGACCCAAUGUACUUAUAUUCAAGCCCAAGAAGUCUGCAAAGUUUGGUCCCGAUCGGAUCAUUGCAAGUGCGUCAAAAGUCCACUGCGCUUCAGAAUAAGUUGAAUCGUCUGAAAGAAUCGAUAAAAUGUUCAGCAAGCUUUCGAUUGGAUCGCCUACAAUCGUCACAAUAUUCACGAAGAAGAGAAGCUCUUCUCGGCGAAUAUGUCCGUGGCGCUCGCGGAUAUUGGCGUCACCAAGUGAGCGGUUUUUUUUUAAAUGUUGUGACCACUACAAUAGUUAUUGUUCCAGAUCCCUACUGAUUCAAACGAUGAUGAUGCUCAAAAAUCGGGGCGAAAUGACGUCGGGCGAGCUGGAAAAGGUGCUGAAAUGUGUGAACGAGGGCGCCGACGAUCGAGUGUCCAUGUCGAAGGCGGCCUCGUUUUUGCGAAAAAAUUGCGACAAAUAUCGUGCGAAAAGUUGA